UGCGUUCACCCGGGGCCGAUCUGCUCAUGCUAAGUUUUGUGGGUACAACAAAGGUGGAAGCACGAAUUUAACCUGCAAUCGGUUCUGAAAUUGAUUAUUAGAUUUUUUUUUUAUCAUCUGUGCGUGUUUAUUGGCACCUCGCACAAAGCGUAAUUUCUACACAUGACCUCAAAUCUGAAUAUUAGUGGUGCUAAUAAUACGUGAUGCAACUAUAGCGGUUAUCUUGCUUUGCUAAUCUCUGUUAGCCAUGCUUCCGUAAAGUUUAUAUAUGGGGUGGGACACUUAUGUGAAGCUGUAUAAGGUUUUGAUUUCAUAAUGGCCACCCCUGUUUUGAUGCAUAUGCGCAUCGCCGGGGUCUCGUGGACGGUCGGAUGCUUAUGUGCCCCACCACUGCUCCUAAUCACCUGGGGCUGAUCUGUGAUCUGUUCAUAUGCUAAGUUUCCUGGGUACAGAGUUGGAAGAACGAAUUUAACUCUACUUGUAAUUUUUUUGUCUCACUAGAGUAUGCAAUUAGUUUAGGGGCAGUUUUAACAUGGUCCCUUUUACCUCCUCUUUUAACAUGAGACGUAAGAGUAUAUAAUAGAUCUACAAGCCGUUGAUCUCAUUUAAGUAUUGGGUCUGAGUAACUCUUACCUUCUUACCUCCCAUGUGAAAAAAGGAGGUAAAUGCUAAAUUGAUUAAAGAACAAUCCUGGAGAUAAUUUGUUUGCUUAAGCUUUUGAUUUGUGCAUGUUUCUUUUCACCUUACACCUGGCAUAAUCUCUCUCAAUGAUCUGAAACCUGAAUGUUAGUUGUAUUUACACGUGAUGAAAUCAUCAUGGUUAUUUUGCUUCGCUAAUCUCCGUUACCUAUGCUUCUGUAAAAUUUGUGGUGUUGCCUUAACAUAUAUAUGGUGGUCAAUGAAUUUCUUUAAUGUUUUUUGGCACAUUACACAAAGCAUAAUCUGUACAGAGGAUCUGAGUAUCAGUUUUAUUAAUAUAUGAUGCAACAGUUGGAGUGUUAAACUCUGUUAGCUAUGCUUCUGUAUAAUUUAUGGCGUGGAACACCUAUCUGAACUUAUAUGGUGGUCCAUGUUCUGUAAGAAGAAGUAGUUCCAAGCAAUGUAUGCAUAGCUGGCAGCAAAGAUGUUUAAAUGUUUACUCUGACGCAGGAACUACCGAGGCAAACAUACAUAGCUCCCCCCGGGGCUCCUCAACUCACCCUCCAUUCACUCCUGACUCAUCCGGCCACCACUCCCUGCACUUGGCCAUCCGUUUUCCUGAUGCACUGUAAUAUGUUACCACUGCCAAGCAUGUUUUGCCGGGACUGACAUCAAUCAUCAUGCGAUUCGUGCCAUGCCAUCAGUUCCAUCAUGCCAUACCAUGCCAUCAGUUCCAUCAUGCCAUACCAUGCCACGACUAGAAGUAUCCACCAGGCAUCAACUUGAUAACUUGCUAUAUGUGCUGUCUCAGUAAGCAAUGUCUGUGAGGCUCUUUGGUCUGUAGAAUGGUGAAGCAUGUUCAGUGCCGCCAGUCGUACCUUCUUACUUUGAAACUUUUGGAUAUAAGUUGUACAACACCAUGCCUAGUCAUGAAUGGAAUCUACCAGUAAGCUCAAUAGCUCUGUUGAUACCAUCAGAUCUGUGCAGGUGCAGUAUUUUUCUGUUUCUGUCAGGGUUUGCUUUUGUCUACUUUGAGGAUGAGCGUGAUGGUGAUGAUGCCAUACGGGCUCUGGAUGGUUAUCCCUUUGGCCCUGGGAGACGCAGACUUUCAGUGGAGUGGUCAAGGGGUGACCGUGGAACCAGGCGUGAUGACCGUGAUGGAUACAGUAAACCACCAGUGAAUACUAAGCCCACCAAGACACUGUUUGUCAUUAACUUUGACCCGAUCAACACAAGAGUCAGUGAUCUUGAAAGGCAUUUUGGUCAUUUUGGGAGGAUUUCAAAUGUUCGGAUAAGGAAGAACUUUGCUUUCGUGCAAUUUGAAACACAGGAAGAAGCCUCAAAAGCACUAGAUGCUACUCAUUUGACGAAGUUACUGGACAGAGUGAUUUCUGUUGAGUAUGCCUUCAGGGAUGACAGUGAACCAGGUGACAAGUAUGACAGGCCAAGUAGAGGUGGUGGCUAUGGAAGGCAGGAUGACAGUUCAUAUCGCCGUUCUGUCAGCCCAAUGUACCGAAGGUCACGACCUAGUCCUGACUAUGGCCGUCCAGCGAGUCCUCAGUAUGGUGCAUAUGGCAGGAGCAGGAGCCCUGUUCGUGAUCGCUAUCGAAGCCGAUCUCCUGUCCAGCGCUCAAGGUCCCCAGCUCCCAACAGAAGAGGUUAUGACUGAUGGACAGUUAUCUCGGUUUAUGGUAGCGAGGCAGCUUCCAUAUGCUGUUCUAGCUCUAGCAUUAGUAAACAAGAACACCUAUGUACCCCUACCGAAGCUUAUCGUUUAGCUGACAUCGUGUUAUAAGAAGCUGGACCUGUCCUUUGACAACUGCUUUGUCGUCGUGUGUUAUAAGAAGUUAGACCUGCACUUUGACACCUGCUUUGUGCCUAAAUUGCGUCAUUUUCGUAUAUCUGUGUGUCUAUUUAUGUCUGGAUUUUGUGUGA